AUGACCCUUCCCGCAGACACUGACUGCAGUUAUGGCACCGCGCGAUCAGAGCCCAAUGCCACCGCCUCCACCUCCCAACUCGCCCGUCCUGAAGCGUUGCCGGAAUUAAAAGCUCGCAUCAAGGCGGGUUUGAAGACCUAUCCUGAUUUCCCUAAGAAAGGCAUCCUCUUCGAAGACAUCCUCCCCCUCUUCGCCUCGCACACUCUCCACGAGGACUUGAUUCGAGCGUUCGAACUACAGAUCGUCGAAUCACUCGGGCCGAACAACAUCCCUGAUGUGAUUGUCGGUCUCGAUGCGAGGGGUUUCCUCUUUGGCCCGACAUUAGCCCUCCGAUUCGGAGCCGGGUUUGUUCCUGUCAGGAAGGCGGGCAAACUUCCAGGCGAGAUUGAAACAGCAGAGUAUCAGAAGGAAUAUGGCACCGACACCUUUGCCAUGCAGACUUCCGCUAUCCAGCCCGGCCAGAAAGUCCUUGUGGUCGACGACCUGAUUGCAACGGGCGGUUCGGCAGCGGCAGCGGGGACACUGGUCGAGAAAUGUGGCGGCCAACUGCUCGGAUAUAUCUUCAUCAUCGAGCUCACUUUCCUCAACGGUCGAAACAAGCUGAAUGCCCCGGUCUUCACGCUCCUCGAGAGUCAAGAAGAAUGA